GGUUUCGCUCAUAGUUUGACGAAUGUUCUGAGGACUACCGUUUUCCACGAGUCGAAGAGAGCUCGAAUGUUCUAGGUUCCUAGAUGGCGUCCCUGGAGGACCUGCCGAACGAAAUUUUGUGGCAUAUAUUCAAUUUCCUCGAGCCGUCCUUUGUCCUCGAUGUCCUGAGCGAAGUAUCUCUUCGCUUCCGAUAUUUGAUUGGAGAUAAGACGCUGUGGCGACAGCGGCUGUUUUCGAAAUGGCCUGGCAAGUAUCCCAUCCCGCCCCCGGACUGGGCGGAAUGUUGCCGGGAGCGCGAAGAGCAUUGGAAUGCAUUUCAUAAUUGGCAACAAGGAGGUGUUCGGCUCGUGGAGUUGAAGGAAGCUCACAUCGCCGCUGUCGACGCAUUGCGAUUCAUAGAGAAUGGCUCCUUCUGCGUCUCAGGCGGACGGGACCAUCAGUUGAAAGUGUGGAAGUUCGACUCGGAAGAACUCGUCCUUCACAAGCGAUUCAACAAGUCCCACAGCGCGUGGAUUUGGUCGAUAGAACAGCUCGAUAAGAGCACGCUCGUAUCGGGAUCAUUCGACCAGACGGUCAAAACUUGGGACAUUGAAACCGAGGCCCUGCUAGACACAGUCACCUAUCCUGCGGCGGUCCUCUCGCUCGCUCAAAGUAAUCGAUUGGUUGCCUGCGGGACGAUGGGCUCCAAGAUCCACUUGCAGGACCAGCGAGCAAAAAGUCAAACUAAAUGUUUCGAGUACCACAAGAACAUUGUGCUCACUCUGGCCAUGGACGACGAAAUGAUCGUUUCUGGCAGCAAAGAUGGCACUGUAGCUAUCUUCGACCUCAGAGCCGAGAAAGUUGCGAACGUCCAGAAGUUGAAGGGAUAUCCUACAGCCAUAUCGCACCAUAGGGGCCAAACUUGGAUCGGAACGUCGCGCGGUUAUGUUGCCUGUCUGGACACGCAGACCAUGGCUGAGCCUCAGGUCGUUAUUCAGAAGAGAAUCAGCGACAAACACAUUCGGAGUGUAAAUUAUUCAUGGGGAAGCGUUCUCGUCGCAGCGGGUUCCGACCGGCUCAUAGUCCUGGAGCCGACCGAACGGCUCACCUCCAUAACGAGGCAAACGAUCCCCGGAGGCAUCACAAAGGCUGCCAUGUACAAUCGCACGAUCUGUGCGGCGGGCGCUUCUGGUGAGCUCCUAUUUUGGGUUCCCGAGAACGACGUUUAAUUUCCACUGUGAAAGGCUUGGACGCCAAUAAUAUCAAUUUUAGAUGUGAAUAGGCUGUACAUAAAUUCCCCUUCGUUGCCGUUGUUGUUAGCGGACUCUGUUGUUUGUAUACAGCGCCUCGAGAGAGCAUUCAUUUCGAUCCCUGUGGCGAUAAGCUGAAUCUAUAGUCUCCUCGGAAUUCCACAGCUCUCAGGAGGCUAUGAGGAUGGGCAUCUGAACGAGGGCUUGAAUAAACAUAUCCCUGCCGA